ACUGGCCACAACUGCGAAUUAACAAACAAGCUUGCCCUAUCUCUUCUCGACAGCGUUCCCAGCAUAUUUGGCUCUGGCAUCCGUGUCCUACUCUCCGUACUGGCAUCGCUACCAUUUUGACCAGGUUCAACGCGUUCCAUCAUCUCAAUCAAGUGGCGACGGCUCGCAUCUCACUGGUCGCGUGGUGUUUCGUGGCGAGAAACUCUUCAACGUAACAGCCAUCCUCAAAUAAAUACCCUCAAUGACCAGCGUGAGCGCGGUAGGCCCCAUUGGUAUCAACCAUGUCGCCCAGCUCCCUACGGAUGGCACACCCAUCAUGCAUGCUGGAAGAAAGCCCCCAUCUCUGCCAUGGCCUGACAUCGGACACUUAGCAAAGUGGUCCGUGUCCUCGUACAAAUUUGGUUUCGGCCCUGAAUGUCUGCGCGAUGACGACCCAGACACGUUCUGGCACUCAGAUGGACCCCAACCGCAUUUCAUCACGGUCGAAUUUCCUCGCAAAGUAGCGAUUCAAAAACUCAGUUUAUACCUCAGUUUCCCCGCGGACGACUCAUACACCCCAGCGACCAUCGCCGUGCGUGCCGGAACGGGGCUCCAUGAUCUACAAGACGUGCGAGCCAUCCACUUGGACAAGCCUGACGGUUGGAUCACGUUCGACGUGUCUGCCGAGCCGAGUCCUGACGGUGACGGUUUUAAACCGAUUCACGCAUACGUUAUCCAAGUGAUCAUCCUCACGAACCACAUGAACGGCAAGGAUACCCACGUCCGCGGGCUGCGCGUCCUCGGACCAUUCGAGUGCGUGACGAUCCACGAUCAGACCCUUCCGCACCUUCUUGCAGCACUCAUCCCCAUUCACAGAGAGACCUCCUCAGACAAUGAAGAUCCGUUCCCCUUCGUCGCACCAUGCUUCAAGAUGUACGAACGUAUCCGAUAGAACCGAGCUAGGCGAAUGUAAUAACAAUUUGAACAAUUUAUAUAUCCAAUUGCGAACGUCCAAAAGAAA